CUGAUGCGUGGCGAUAAUGCUCCUCCGGCAUGUUCGACAAUCAGUCAUAGGAUUAGUUUUUGAGUUUAGGGAUUUCGGGGUGGGAUGGGCUUGGGUGGGGAGCUUUUCCUUGUUUUGUCACCAUUCCACUCUAUAAUUUGUUUUUAAUGUUGGCGUCGGUGAUCAGUUGAAGAUUCAGUUGAAGAGGACCGCUGAAGAGCCGCGAUGCCCGGCGGGCGGGGCCGCGGCUGGAGCUUUCCCCGCCACUGGAUCGGCGGCCACCGCCGAGGUGUGUCUCCCGGCCCCGUCGGUCCCGUGCCGGUCCUGAUCGUAUCGGCCCCCUCCUGGCAUAGCACGGCCCCGGCGACGGGAACCUCGGUGAUCAUCCUGCCGGCUAUCCAGGGCAGCGCGGCGUCGGUGGUCGAUGACGCCGCGGACACGGGGCCCUCUCAGACGGUCGACCUCAGCAGCUCCCCGCAGUCCUCAUCGUCAGACUCGAUCGGACCGGGGCCGGAACCGGAGCCGCAGCCGGACGGCCCGACACAGCCGCUGCCGCCGCCCGCACAACCCGCCUGCCCGGAGACCCUGGACACCACUUCGUUGGCUGCGCCGGCGCCGACCGACUCCGGCCGCGGCUCCCGUCUGUCGGUGAUCACCGUCUCAGCCCCGGUACAGUGUGUCUGCGCGUUCGUGGCCGCACGCGCCCGCCGCCACUGCGCAGAGUGUCGCCGCCGACGCUGCGAUUUUGCCGCCUCCAAGACGGUGGGCUACUGUGGGCUGCCGACGCUCGUGGUGGCCUGGGGAGCCUUCUGGGUGCUGAUCAUACUCGCGCUGGGAGGGGUGCUGAACGUGUCAGCGCCAACCGGCGGCUGAGGGACGGACUGCUGGAGACGUGUCAGCGACCAGAUAGCCUGCCGUAAAGUCAGCACUGACCGGCGACUGUGGCAGUCCGCUGAGCGUGUCGGCAAGUCAGACUUCUGAUCGUUCAAGCGCUGACCGGCGUCGGAGACGGUAUGUCGAGAGCGUCGCUAGCAUCUCGUGGGAACCGAUAGGUGCACUGAUAGGGAAGGCUCGGCCUCGCAAUGUUGUCGGCAGAAUGGUGCCGUUAGGCGUCUGAGCUGGUGUUCGGGAUACGCUGUAAGAUUGUGGACUGGUGCGCCCCUAGGAUCGGCACUCCAUAUUUGUCCAGCAGGGGACUUAGGAACAGGCACGGCGCAGGACUUCUGGUAGCUGUGGAUGGGCAACAUUUUUAACCCCUUUUGUUUUCAUUUUGAGACUUUAAUGAGCAGGGUAUGUGUCGGAUUCAUAAUGAAUGGCAAUGAAACGCA